CGAUUACACCGUGCUCAUCUUCAGCAAACCUGCGUUCGAAUGUUCACUUGUGUUUGCCCGCAUUUGUAAAGUGUUCCUAAUUUUGUUCGUGGCGCACCGAAAACGUGUUCUGUGUUGUUACAUACAGAAAGAAUGUUGCUCUUGUGCCUUCAUGUGUAGCUUCUUUCGCUAGACAAACAGGUUUUCUAUUACCAUGCGUUAUCCACGCUGUUUGGGACCUUGAGAAUGAUAUUGUUCAAGUGUAAAGAAGACAAACGACUCUAAUGUCGUCGGCAGGGGUCGCCAACUUGAAGCCAUCAUCCCCGGGUUCUUCAUAUAAGAAAUGGUUUGCUUAUAUGCCAUAAGGAAACAAAGGAGAGAAUAAAAAAGAUUCACUCCUUUCGUGAAGACAUCGUAAUUAUUCUAUGGAUGAAAUGCUCUUCUACUGGCUUCUUCCUGACCUUCAACUGUUCAGCGAUACAAAUGAGUUACGCUAUACGGAGGCUGCUGCGGGCAGCCAUGUGCGUGUUUAGCUGGUUCGUCAUGCCCUACUCGCAAUGCGUCAGUGGUCGCAUAGCGCGCCGAAAGCUGCCCCCGAUCGAGGACCCACUGUUGCUGCUGUCCGCCACCGUACUGGCCGAGCGAAUUCGUCGCCGUGAGGUUCGCAGCGAGGAUGUGGUGCGAGCCUACAUGAAUCGCUGCCAACAGGUGAACCCUCUGCUGAACGCCAUCGUCGAGGAUCGGUUCGCGAAGGCGCUCGAGGAGGCGCGGGAAGUCGAUCGGCAGCUGGAUGACGGUUCGGCUGGCACUGUGGAGGAGCUGGUGCGCGAUAAACCCCUGCUCGGGUUGCCCGUCUCCAUCAAGGAGAGUCUCGCCGUGGAGGGAAUGAGCAAUACGGCCGGUAGGAAGCUGCGCGAAAAGAAGGUCGCCCUGGAGGAUGCACCCGUCGUGCGGCAGAUCCGGCGCGCGGGAGGCAUCGUGCUGUUGGUGAGCAACACGCCGGAGCUGUGCCUGUGCUGGGAGACGUACAACCAAUGCACGGGGCUCACCCGGAAUCCGCACAACUUGCAGCGAACUGCCGGCGGAUCUUCCGGUGGCGAAGCGGCAUUGAUUGCGGCGGCCGGAUCGCUGUUGGGUGUCACCACCGAUAUAGCCGGAUCGUCGCGCUUGCCGGCCUUAUUUACGGGCGUGUUCGGUCACAAACCGUCACCAUACGUCGUGUCGCCGUACGGCCACCAUCCGUCCUGUGACGACGAGAACUGGGGAAGCUUCUUUACCCCCGGUGCCAUGUGUCGGUACGCCGAGGAUCUACCGCUUCUGCUCGGUGCAAUGCGUGACCCCGAGGGAGCACCGGUAACGCUGGACAAACCGGUCCAGCUGACCGCGAUCAAGAGCUACUACAUGGAGAACGAUGGACCAUCGGGACUGACGCGUCCCAUCGAUCCGGACAUCGUACGUGCGAUCCGGGACGUGGCCGGCCACCUCGGAGCCCAGCGAGUGCACCUGAAGCGUCUCCGCUGGACGCUGGACAUUUCCAUGUGCAAGAUGUUGCGCAUGAAAAACAUCGAAACGAUCUACACGCCGCAACCGAACGGAAAACCGGACACGACGAUCAAGCGCGAGGUGCUCAAGUACCUGCUCGGGUUUUCCACGUCCGACAUGCCCUCGGUGAUGAUCGGUCCGAUGCAGCACAUCGUGAACAACUACAUUCCCCAGUCGCGGCUCGAUUUUCUCGACGGUCAAACCGAAAAGCUGCGCAAGGACUUUAUCGAUCUGCUCGGCACGGACGGUGUGUUUAUCUAUCCCGGGUUUCCGAACACGGCCCACCGGCACUAUCGCAUCUUCCACAAGCUGGUCGACACGACGUACAUGAUGGUGUUUAACACGCUGGGGCUUCCGGCCGCUUCCUGCAUGGUCGGUUUGGACCGGGAGAAACUUCCCAUCGGAGUACAGAUUGUCGCCGCACCCGGCCAGGAUCACCUAAUCUUUGCCGUGGCCAAAGAGCUGGAACGACGCUUUGGUGGCUGGGUGCCGCCACCCUCGGAAUAAGCGACCGCCUUUUGGAGGAACGGUUAUGGGCGAGGCCACCCAGACCGUCGACCGCCCGCACGGCUGUUAUCAAAAUUGUGAUCCAUUCCGAGCUUAAACUAAGAUUUCCCCGUUCGGCAUGCGCGUGAUUAUCCGGCUCGCUACCGAACGACGUCGAGUGUAUUAUAUUAUUUUUAUUGAGUAUUGAGUAACCAAUGGUUUUUUCUUCCUUCUUGUACACCGUAACGAUUUGAAUAGAUCGACAUUGGUGUCCAUUUCCUAUGCUGUUUGCUGACUAUGGUGGCAGUUCCUUUCCAUUCUCCCCCAGCCCAUGUUAUUUCAUAGUGCAACCAAGUUGAUCGUUAAGUUUGCAAAUGUGUCGCUAGGGUUAGCGUUAAUUGGUAAGAAGACAAACACAAGCAUCUGCAUGAUAUUCCGUUGUGUAAGCAGAUUUAGAAACAGCAAUUGUUAGCAAAAAAAAAAAACAAAACUAAAAAACAACAAAACCAACGAGGACAUGUUAGAGUUAUUAUAAUAAAGUUAAGUUAUCGACCACUGAUUAAA